AUGGCUCAAGGCGCUGGAAAAUCAAUCAAAGCCAAAGGAAAAUCUUCCGGUUCCGCUCGAAAAGACGUCGGCAAGACCAAGCGCGGACGUCGUGCUGCUGCUCCCACCAAGGACAAGUCCAGACUUGCAGAGAGGGCGCAGAACAAGGAACUGUCCUGCAAAAUCAACAAUUCGAUCGAAAAGCAAAUGGUCAACGCUGCUUCGGCGGGCAAGUUGACGAUCAUGCGUAGUGUUGGAGAAGCUGGAGCUGGCGAAGGCAAGGACGGCGCCAAGGCCAAGGGAAAGAAAUAG